GAUUGACCGGUGAGUGCGUGGCUGGUCGUUGUUGUGUGAGUACUGGGCUACACGAUAAAUUCUUUUAAAUAGUCGUCACUGACCUCACUUAAGUCCAGUGUCAAAUUAGUUUUGUUUUCUACGUGAGAUUUAUCAAUUGCUUCGCCCUAGACUUAGCUCAAGUGACUCACCAGGUUCGGUUUAUCUAUUACAAGUUCAUCUGUGUACAUACCGUGUUUCCUGGCCACUCCGUUCAAUGAUAUGACUUUAUUAUCGAGAGAUGUUUUGGGUGGCACCGGGCGUCUGCUUGUGGCGCCUCUUUUUUGCGUUGGCAUUGCAAAUCGAAGGCUGUUGAAGUUAGCCGCGAUCUGUAAACCCCAACCACGAUCAUGCCGCAUUGUAACUUCUAAACCCUAUCCAAAAUGCCUCGACAGCUGCGCGCUCGCACAUCCCGACCAAAUUAUGCUUCGCUUGCAGCUAUAGGCAAUGAGGAAGACCUAAAAACCAAUCCACCCAAGUUAUCCUUUGCCGAGGACGGGGAUAGCGGUAGUGACUUUGCACCGGACAAGCUUUCCGAAGACGCCCCCGAGGAUUUCCAGAAUGACCCUGAAGAUCUUCUUGAAGUAGACGAGGAAGAAGCGGAAGAAGCGCCGAAACGAGGCAAGAAGACUCCUACUACGGCAGGAUCCAGGCCGAUAUCACAUCUUCCCUCGAUAACGGGAGCAAGACCGUCCCAUAAGCCCCCACCAAAAUCUCAGCCUGCAAAGGCAUCUACUUCCAAGAUGUCUGCUCCAAGAGUCGCGAAGAUGUAUGUACUACCAAAUCCUAGCGUCCAUCAUCGACACAGAGCCAUGCCAGUUUUUCUUCGCAAGGAAAACGUCGAACGACUUGAUGCUCCUCCUACGCUCUUCACCACACCAGACAUCGUGCCAACCAACAGUAUGACAUCAGAACAAAUUCUAACUGAUCGGAUCAGCAAGGCUUGGGGUUACAAUGUCGGCCCGGGUCCUGUAUGGAAUAUCAUGGAAGACCGGUCAUGCUUCAAGGAGGCUCUGGAAGGGGAAGAGAAUUCAGAAAAUGAGUCGUGCAGGCGUCCCAGAGUUCAUCAAGGUGUCGAGGUGAAAUCUGGAUGGACGAGACUGAACGAGCAUGAUGCUGCGAGGUAUCUUCCCACUGACACCGUGUUGACAGACGAUGGUCAGCUGCGACCUCCUGCUCCUGUACAUUGCUUCAUUGGACCCCAUGGUCGCCAGACUCGUGUUGAGAUGGCCAUGUUCGACAGUCAUGCUACAUCAGAAUAUAUGCCCGGAGACAAAUCUUUCGUGUUUAAUGUCGGAGCUCCUGCGUGGGGCGCAGAUUGGUGCCCAACAUAUCCAGAUGACCGACCCCGUCGGGGUUAUAAGCAUUACCUUGCGAUCGCUCCUUUCUCUUCGCGGUCUCACUCACCGAUGAUUGGUGCAAAAGCCCAGCGUCCCGUUCCCGCCUGCGUACAAAUAUGGGGUUUGCAGUCCAAGCAAGCGAACGACUCGCAAGCGGAUCAAUCAUCGGUCGGUGAAUUGAAGUGCGAGAUGGUCCUUUGCUUGGAGUCAGGGCCUGCAUUCGAAAUUAAGUGGUGUCCUCUUCCCUCGCAUGAUCAGUGGAAUGAAGUUCAUAUGGGAGAACACCCGCGAAAGCUAGGGCUACUAGCGGGGACAUAUGAAGACGGUUCAUUGUCUGUAUAUGUCGUUCCGGACCCGGAGGAUGUUAGGAGCAAAAACGGUGAUCCAAUGCGUCCGACAUUUGUGCAUUUACCCGAGCCACUUCUCCGGAUCGAGCUAGAGGAAACUUCCUGCUGGUCUCUUGACUGGGCUAACAGCGAGACUAUUGCUGUUGGUUGCACAAAUGGUUACGUCGCUGUAUAUGACAUCGGCGGUCAUGCAGUUAGAACAGGUCAGAGUCAAAACAUCCUCCCAACUCAUUACAUUUCGAUACAUCAGUCCGCUGUACGAGCCCUUUCGUGGAUUCGUGUCCCGCCGACGAAUGGCUCUGGCGUGCCAUCGACCUCCGAAGACCCAACGGUUCUCGCUACUGGCGGAUACGACGGCUUGGAAUGUCUGACUGACAUCCGAGAACCGCAUGGAAAUAUUGUAAAUAGGACGCGGGACGUGAUCAAUAGCACGACAUACUCCGCAUUCGCAGGUGGACCGAUCAUGAUCGAUCACGACAACACUGUCAAAGCAUAUUCAGUAUCUCCCAGUACGCUAGGCAGAGGGCAUGUCCUUUUGGAACCCGAUGGGCCGGUGUGGAGCGUCAGUGCAUCGGACUACCACGCUCAGCUAGCGGUCGGAUCCGCAGAUGGCUCCUGCGUCACGACCAACACUCUGAAGUCAACAAGGAGAGGCGGAUCGGUUCCAUUUUUCGUCCACAAAAUCUUUCAGCUUGACUACAGCCGAAAAACAGGAGAGUUUCGUAUGUUAGAUCAUUUCCUUCCGCAAGAAACUCAAGAAAGGUCCACGAAUUCGAAAGGGAAACAAGCCAAAAAAGAUGAAUCUGAGACAAGUAUCAGUACUGGUGUAUGGCCACCCGAAGUAGGCGUCCAUCGUGUUACUUGGAACAUGGGCAAUGGUCUGGGCGGAGCGCCGCUGCUCGCAUCUACCACAGGUUCAGGACUUUGUAGGGUGGAUUGGUUACUAGGACGUUGGAUCCGGAACAAGGUGCCAUAUGUGAAUGUGCCACACAUGAGGAAAGAGGUCGACGACGUUAUGGACGAGGAUAGCGGGGAGGAUUGACGCAUACAAAAACAUUGUGAUUUCACCGUUUCUUCUCUGCCUUGCCUCCAGGCCCGUAGUCCAGACUGGUAACGAGUCUAGGCAAGACACUCGUAAUACCUUGUAUUGUUUUGUCCACGG